CGAGGAAGAAGACGUGAUGCGCGGACAGGGAAAGAAGAAAAUUGGCUCCCUUGUUUUGUUUAGCAGGAUUUGUGUUUUUGAAUAAUAAAAAUUUCGCAAAAUGAUUUUACUAAAAUCAACUUAAUUAAGGAGAAGUGAUGUGUCGUGACUUUAAAAUUUUAAUUAUCUUUUCGUAUAUUUUGUGUUUUAAAGUAUUUUAUAUAAACUCUAAGCGAGCGCAAUUAUGGAUUUUGAGUCCGGACAAAACGAAAAUCAUCAAAGGCACGGAUCCGCAUCCCCUGUUUUACACUAAGGACUUCUCCGGCAAACAUUCCAUAUCUCAAGAUCCAUUAAACGAUUUCGAACAUUACUCCAAUUCUUGGAACAAGGAGCAAGACUGCGCUGAUUGUGGAGGAAAAACCGAAAACGAUACGGAUUUGAAGUUAUCCCCCGAUCAAUACUCAGAAACAUUGGAUUGCGGAAAGCCCGUAAAUUUCACUUACUUCGAUAAUUUAGUAGGUGUUAUAAACCGCAAUAGGCACCCAAUCGUUCCCGAACCCCAAGCUGUCCUCUACUUUACUAAGAACAUUGGUAAAAAUAAACUCGAUGUCAAGAAUUUUGACGUUGACGCCUUGGAAAGGAGGCUGAAGAAGGCCAAAAGAGAGAAACCAAAGUCUAUUCAACUGUACAACCAAAUAGGGAAUUUUUGGCGAAUAAAGGGCGAUGCGAACAAAGCCAUCGAGUGCUUUCGCAAGGCUUUGGCCGUAUCACCACACAAUGCUGAAGUACUUUUGAGCCUUGCCAGGAUGCUAUUUUCUCUCCAAUACUUAGAUGAUGCCAUAUAUCUGACUAGAAGGUCGCUGGAAGUUCAAACUGCCGAAAUAGGUGCUUGGCAACAGUAUUUUACGUUAGGCGAGAUUUUUAAAGCGUACGGCCACUACCAAGAGGCUUCCGUGCAUCUGAGACACACCUUAGAAUUGAACCCGAAGUUCGAACCCGCUUACUUGGCUCUGCAAGAGAUCGAGGCCAUUCCCACUGCGACAAUUCACAUGUACACGCUAGUUAUUAUAGUAUGUUUGGUGUUAGGUGUUCUGCUAGUGAUACUGUCUUCUGUAGAUAAUUCCGAGGAAAUCAAACCUCAACGGCAUUUCAACAAAGCAAUGGCGAUGAGAUCGCUCAAGGGGAUCUCGAUGACCGCGAAGCGCUGCAAACGGACAUAUUAGUGUAACAUGUAAAGUCGAUGUUUA